GACUCUGGUCAAGCAGAAAUGUGAACAGAUGGGCUGCUGGUCUAGUAAUUCCAGGAUCCAGAGGAUUCUUGACCUCACUCUUAAGGAGACACAUGUCGGGAUGAAGGGAGAGUCAUCUGCAGCCCUGCAUUGCUGAACUAUUGCCAAGCACUGAUUCACCUGUUCUUGUCAAACAGGUUCCCACCACACUGAAGCCAUGAGGAUCCAUAGCCUCACCCUGUUCUUCCUUCUUCUGGCUGCUCAGGUGUCACUGGUGAAGAGCAAAAAGGAAGCAAAGAAUAGACAUGUCAGCAAAGGCACCACAGAGAAAUUGCAUACUCUGGGAGAGUCCCAGAUUGAGCCACCCAAGUGCCUGACCAAAGGCAAAUUUGUCACCCAAGACCAUGCCAAAUGUAGAUGGGAGGUAACUGAGCAAGAAAAGGGCAUAGUGCUGAAGGUCGAGUGCACCCGACAGGACAACAAGUUUUCCUGUGUCUUUACGGGCAAUCCAACUUCCUGCCUAGAGUCAAACAAGAAGAAUGUCUAUUGGAAACAAAUUGGCCGGAACCUGCGCUCUCAGAAGGUCCUCUGUGGGGAUGCCAAAACCAUCCUGAAAACCAGAGUGUGCAGAAAGAAGUUUCCAGAAUCCAAUCUCAAGCUGGUGAAUUCCACCCUGAUUUGGAACAAGAAACCCAGCCAGGAGUUAAUGGAACCCUCAUCCAGGGAGCAGAGCAAAGCCAGUGAAGCCUCCCUCAUGGAGCCUAACAAAGCCAAAGAGUUAUCCCUUAAGGAGCAGAUAAAGGUCAAAGAACACAUCCCCUCUGGCCCAGCAGAGACCCAGACCACAGCCACCAAGGAUCCCAAGUGUGCAGAGGACCCAGACUUGAUAAAGCAGAAGAUGGCCCUGGACUACUGUGGGGAAUCCUGGAGCUCCAUCUGCAAAUUCUUCAUCACCAUGAUCCAGGACAAUACAUGCUAAUGAGAUCAAAAGAGAACAGAGUCCUUUAGGAGGUGCUAUGUAAACCUCUUUAGCAUGUGGUAAAGCUCUCCGAGUAAGAUGAACAUUUGUGCUGUGAGAGUGCAGUAGAAUAUUUAAACAGAUUUUAUAAUUUUUGCUUUUGUGUUUUGGAAUUUGCUUUAUAUUCAUUUCCUUAAAUUUUACUUUCAGGGGUUGUUUCCCUCAGCAUAUGUUUCCAUGGCCCACAAAGCUAUGUGCAGACGAGCAGCAAGGACCAUUUUCUGAGUUGAAUGAGCCAGAGUGAUGAUUUCAGUGCAAUGCACUUUCUGGUGAAUUAGCAAAGUUAAUAAAGCUCUGGAUGUUUUUCAGA